GCUGGUAGUUUGUGCAGCAGCAGAGGAAGUGGAGCAGCAUCGUAAACAUGGCUGACAGUGGAGUGACAGAUGGACCUGGCAAGAAAGGAGACAUUGAACGUGUAAAGGCUGAGGGCAAAGAGCUGACCAAAGAGGAAAAGCAGCGGCUGAGGAAAGAGAAGAAACAGCAGAAGAAAAACAAAGAGAAAAAAGAUGACAAGGCUUCACAGAAGAGCGAGAAAGAGAAGAAGCCUGUCAGUUCAGCUGCUCCAGCCUCCCAACCCCCAACACAAAACACAGCACAGAAAGCUCCUUCAGCAGUGCCUGCUCCUGCACCGGUCACUGUGCCUGCCUCAGAAGCUCCUGCCCCGGCAGACAAGCCGGCUAAGAGUAAAGCAGAGCUGAAAGCUGAGAGAAGAGCUCGGCAAGAGGCUGAGAGGGCGUCCAAACAGAACAAGAAGGGAGACGUGGGCCAGCAGGCCACCGCUGGCAAACCCAAGGCACCGCCUAGUGAGCUGCAGCCAGUGGUGAAGAGGCUUCCUGAACAUAUCCAAGUGGACAACCCAGAUGUUUUAAAGAAACUGGCCAAGAAGCUGGAAAGACAACAGAUCCCACUCCGGUCAGACUACGGCUACAAAGUCAGCCUGUUUUCUCACCUUCACCAGUACAGUCGUAAAGCCCCUCUAACACAGCAACUCAGCAUUCCCUCCUCGGUGAUUCAUCCCGCUAUUGUUCGACUGGGUCUACAGUAUUCGCAGGGCAUUGUUGCAGGAUCCAACGCUCGCUCUGUAGCCCUGCUGCAUGCCUUCAAACAGGUAAUAAGGGACUACACUACACCUCCAAACGAGGAGCUAUCUAGAGAUUUGGUCAACAAGCUGAAACCUUACAUCAGCUUUUUGAAUCAAUGUCGCCCUCUGUCAGCCAGCAUGGGUAAUGCAAUCAAAUACAUCAAGAAAGAGAUCUCCAAUAUUUCUAGUCAGUGCAAAGAAGAAGAGGCAAAAAGUCAUCUGCUGGACUGUAUCGAGCGCUACAUUAAUGAAAAGAUAAUUCUUGCUGCUGAAGCCAUUGCCAGGUCCUCCAUAGAAAAGAUCAGUGAUGGAGAUGUCAUCCUAGUUUACGGAUGCUCGUCACUGGUCAACCACAUCCUGUGCGAGGCCUUUAAGAAAGGCAGGAAGUUCCGCGUGAUCGUGGUGGACAGCAGGCCUCGGCUGGAGGGCAGGGAGGCCCUGAGGCGCCUGGUCCAGAAAGGCAUCAGCUGCACCUACGUCCUUAUCUCAGCUGUCUCCUACAUCCUUCCAGAGGUAUCGAAGGUGUUCCUUGGCGCUCAUGCUCUGCUGGCCAACGGUUACGUCAUGUCUCGUGUGGGGACAUCACAAAUAGCUCUGGUGGCCAAAGCCUUUAACGUGCCUGUGCUGGUGUGCUGUGAGACGUACAAGUUCUGUGAGAGGGUGCAGACAGAUUCCUUUGUGUCCAAUGAACUCGAUGACCCAGACGACCUCAUCGUGACCCGUAAAGGGAAAACCCAGCUCGAGCACUGGCAGGAAGUGCCCUCGCUCGGCCUGCUUAACCUGGUGUACGACGUGACACCGCCUGAUUUCGUGGACCUGGUGAUCACAGAGCUGGGAAUGAUCCCGUGCACCUCGGUUCCCGUGGUGCUGCGAGUCAAAAACGUGGACCAGUGAACGACCUCCGGCUCACAUCACUCUGAGCCAUUAGGCCGUGUCUUUGUGUCUUGAUGGUGGGGUUUGUGUGCAUGAAAGCUAUCGUGCUUUUAGCAUGCAAUAAAUAUAUAUCUGAAAUGGCAUAUGGAUAUGCUUUUUAAA